CGUUAGGUGUCGUACAGGUAGGGUUCGAGGGUAGUCUGCAGACGGUAAGCCGACUAAUACCAGGCCACAACGGUUGAAGAUCUACAGGCGUAGUAUAGUAUGUGCCAGCCUACAUAAUAACCACGUCUGACCUCGCUGCUAGAUUUGUAUUAUCACCGUAUUGAUGUACGAAACACCGAGAUAUGACCAGUGGGUGUUAGAUUCCCCCCACCUCUCGCUCUCCAGGCAGUUUCUCGGUUCCUUAAAUAGAAUAGGGGGUGCGCGUUCAUGACCAUCUUUCUACUAAUACUAAGUCCUGAGGCCCUCUCCUCCCGUUAUUAUUUGUUGCCCUGCCAAUCAAGCUCGAACCCCCGCCAGACACUUCGAGGCGACCUCGCGUACAACACAGCGGUUAGAUCUACGGCUUACCGACUAGAGCACAGAGACUGCGACGUUGAUUCUCUGAGCACCCCGCGGUCGACGUCGAGCCCUGGAGAACGGUAUCUGCCCUUUAUUCUCUCGAUCCUAGCAUGUCGGACUUUUCCGUGUCUCUCGCCGAAUUUGAAGUUUUGAUAGGAAUAGAAAUAACUCUUGUGACGACCACCGCUUUUCUCGUUUCGAUACGAUGCUUUGUCGACUUCAAACAGCAACAGAGGCUGGGCAUAGACGACUAUACCUCGAUCUUGGGCGCGCUUUUCUUGACGACGACUUCUGCGCUCAACGGUGUAGAAUUCAGGGCUCUGUCGAACCCGAGCUAUUCCGUCGACCAACACUUUCAGUCCGGAGUGAUCAUCGAAGUCUUCACACAGCUCACCACGUGGUCCAUAAAAGCAUCCAUCUUCUUCCUCUAUUUAAGGCUCUUCGGCGUCCAUCGGUGGAUGCGGCACUCUUCGUACGCCAUGCUUGUUAUAACUGCCCUGGUAUACUUUGGCUCGCUGGCUUUUACCCUAGUCGGGUGCCCCCUCGACGACGUCGCCGCCGAGGCGUCGCUUGUCCCCUGCGCUCGAGCGGUCGUAAUGACUAAUGCGGUAUCCGGCAUCGUAUCUGUCACCACCGAUAUAAUAAUUCUUUCCCUUCCUUUGCCUAUAAUCUUCCGCCUUCAACUUCCCCGACCUAAGAAGAUUGGCCUUUACGUCGUCUUCUUCUCAGGCUUACUCGGUAUAGCUGCCUCUACAGUGUCUCUAUAUUACAAAGCAGGCACUACCAAUGUCGUUGCCGCAGACAUUAUGUUCGACGUCGAAAACUCCGUGGGCCUGGCGGUAGGCUCUGCACCUAUGCUCUGGGCUUUCUGGGUUAAAUAUGUCCCCAGGUUUCUCGAAUUGUCCAAGGAUUCCUGCGUGCGUAUCCGACCCCUUGCGAAGUGUCCCAUCUCGAGCUGGGUGCGACGAUAUCGGCAGCGAGACAGCGCUAGACAGACUGAUAAUUCGGCCGCCCAUGCUGGAUCCUACGAGAUGCUGGGGAUUGGCGACUUGAACAUAGAGGUGCCGAGGGAAGUCUGGCAGCCAGGAGCUACAACACCUCGGGGAAGGCAGGACGAUAUUAUAGAAGACCCAUCGGUAUGAUCCCGCGUAACCGAAUAGGGGACGGCCUCUAGGGCAGUCUCGUAUAACAAGAAGAAGCCUACGAUGAAG